CUCCCCAAAAAUGGUACUCUCCGUCGCCUUGUCUGCGUGUUAUUGGUGAAGCAGACGGCGCUUUCCCGACGUCGAAAGCAACUCCUGAUCCUCCCGUUCCAAGUGCCUUCCUCUCCUCCAGUCAGCGAGGGCGGUGGGAUCCACGAGCGCCUAGUAGGGCUGCGGGAUUGGGCUUCCUGCGGAUAAGGCGGCCCACUUGAUUCCCCGUCGCCCUCGGUCGUCCUCCGCCUUCACCUUCUUCCUGGCCUCCCCGACCCCUUAAAUCCCCCUCGCCGGCCCAGCAGUUGCGCGCUCGAGAGGAUCGUCGUUGCUGUUAUCGCGGGCAGCGAGAGUGCUGAGUUGAAUCGCUCUUUGUGACGCAUUGGGUAAAGAUCCUUAGAGGUGCUUUAUCGAUCUCAAUCGAAAAGUAUAUAUGCAGGAAGCUGCUUGUGGAGAAGGCAAAAUUACUCAUGCUUUUUGUCAACUAUGGCCACAGAUCCUGGUAGCUUAAAUGGCAGAAAAGGGCUUUAAUGGAUUGAGGGACAUGGACAGAAACUUUACUUACUGUUAGCCUGAGCAUAUUUGUUGGCUCGCAUUUACCAUGGCGUCAGUUUCUAUAUGUACUUUGUACUGUAAGGAUGGGAUUCAUGUUACUAAGAAAGCGCUCCAACCGGUUGAUAAAGGCAAUUCUUUUCUUCCAGGACAUUGGUUGUGCUCAUCUGAUUAUAUAGCUAGUCAAAUAGAUAUUAGACAAAGUACAGUGUUUCUUGUAGCCAAUAUAACUUGGAAAGGACAGAGAAGUGAAACAUUCAAUUCAUUCAACAUAAAUUGUUUUUCUUCAGUUCCAUAUAUGAGUUCCAAUGAAGUUGCAUCUCACAAGUUUAACUGUAUGGGUAGUCGAAAGUCUGAUUCUGAAAGUGGCCAUCAGAGAGACCAGUAUGGUUCAGAUUCCUCUCUAUCAUCAUCAUCUAACAUUAAGAGACAACUUACAAAACUGGACUUGUAUUUUAGCAAGCUGAAACAUAUGAAGGACAGACAACUUGGAAGUAAUUCUCAGAUUCUUCUUGAAAGAAGGAUGAUUAAGAUGGAUUCUUCAGGAGGACUAAAGGAUAACACUACAAAAACCAUUGACACAAGCUGUGAUGAUAAAAAAGAGACUGGAUUGAGUUCAUUGGAGAACUAUUUUGGCCGCUUAUCUGCUAAUAUAGACUCGGAAAAGAGAAGUUUGUCCAGCUUCCAAAGAGGUGUAUCAGAAAGAAAUUCUGAGAGAACAUCAAUUACUGGAAUAGGAGAAGGCAAUGAAAAAGAAGAAGUAGAUUUGGAACCAUAUACAAAUAAAAAUAAAAAGAACUUGGAUGAUAGAACAGAUUCGUUGAUUUUUGGUACCAGAAAUAUCCAAAGUCUGCCAACAGAGGAUGAAGCUUCUGAUCUAUAUCUAAUAAGUUUAUUGGCUGCAAUAGAUAUUGCUGUAUACUUAUUUGAAAUAGCGAGUCCAGUUAACUCGGAGAUAGAGCACUUGUCUCUCCCUUUAAUCUAUGGAGCAAAGAUAAAUAAAUUGAUCCUUCUGGGGGAAUGGUGGAGACUAUUAACUCCAAUGUUUCUGCACUCAGGAUUCCUGCAUGUUGCCCUGAGUUGUUGGGUUCUUCUUACAUAUGGACCUCGAGUUUGUAAAGCCUACGGCCCUUUCACCUUUUUCCUGAUGUAUAUAUUGGGAGGAAUUUGUGGCAAUUUGACAAGCUUUCUUCACACUCCUGACCUGACAGUUUGUGGUACAGGUCCAGAAUUCGCCAUAAUUGGAGCUUGGCUAGUCCACCAAGUCCAGAAUAAAGAAGUCGGAUCAAAAGAAGUUUCACUGAACAUGUUCUUGAAAGCAGUAAUCGCCACUGCCCUGAGCUUUGUCUUGAGUAGCUUUGGAAGAGUCGACAACUGGACUCAUGUUAGCGCCGUCAUUUCGGGCAUCAUAUUUGGCUUUCUCGCAUCUCCAACGUUUGCAUUUGGAACAAAGAGCGGUCGGAAAGAGGGAAUUACUCUCGUUCAGAAUCCAUGGAAGUCACUUGCCACCUUCGCGGUCUCUAUACUCGUGCUGGCUUCCUUGUUUCUUCUCUAUGCACCAGAGCUCCAGCUUGUGGAGCGGGAUGACUUUUUCUAGCAACUCCACCGAGAUCAAUUAUUACUUGUUCGAGGAAUUCGCUGUUCAAAUUUAUGUAAAACUGUUGUAAGUCGAUCGGGAAGAAGAAUCAUCUCUCGAGAUAGUCAAUUAAUACGAUAGACAUAAUUCAUCAA